AAGACGGGCAGCAGCGUAAAAGGUUCCCACAUUUACUCUAGCUGAUAUCUUACCUUUUUUCUAAUUGGGAAAAAAAUAAUAAACCAUCCUGCUGCAUUUUUUCAAAGCCUUCUGAUUCAGUGGGAGAUUAAACGAGAGAAACCAACCAUCAUCUUUUAAGUUUGUGCACAUGAAGAUUAAUUUAUUUCCCCCUCAAGCUUUGUAAGCGAGGAGGGGAGCGAGAGGAGAGAUAAAAAGCACGCGGGACACGACAGAAGAAAUCAUACAUAUAUAUAGUGUUUAUUGUAUUAUUAUUGGGACAACUGUUGCUAAGUGAGCACUUCUUAGUGAAGACCAAAGAAAGAGCCUUCCUACACUUGAGCUCUUUAUUUAUCUUCCUCAUCUUGGAUAAUUUACAGUUCAGCUCAGGAGAAUCUCGAGGAGGGAUUUAUAAUCAUUUGGACCCCAUGCCAACAAUUAUGACCACCGACCACCCUGCACGUCAGCUUCUGGACUUCAAUCAGAAGCUAGAUAUUAAUCUACUGGACAAUGUUGUAAAUUGCUUGUAUCAUGGCGAGGGCCCACAGCAACGAAUGGCACAAGAGAUAUUAACCCAUUUAAAAGAACAUCCCGAUGCUUGGACCAGGGUGGAUACCAUUCUAGAGUUUUCUCAGAAUAUGAAUACAAAGUAUUAUGCCUUACAGAUACUGGAAAAUGUGAUCAAAACACGUUGGAAAAUACUUCCAAGAAAUCAAUGUGAAGGAAUAAAAAAGUAUGUUGUUGGCUUAAUCAUUAAAACAUCUUCAGAGACCUUGGAGAAAGAUAAAGUUUAUCUUGGAAAACUGAAUAUGAUUCUUGUCCAGAUCCUUAAACAUGAAUGGCCCAAAAACUGGCCCACAUUCAUUAAUGAUAUAGUCGGAGCCAGCAAAACCAGUGAAUCUCUAUGUCAGAACAACAUGGUUAUUUUAAAACUGCUCAGUGAAGAAGUGUUUGAUUUCUCUAGUGGGCAGAUGACGCAGGUGAAAGCCAAGCAUUUAAAAGACAGUAUGUGCAAUGAAUUCUCGCAGAUAUUUCAACUCUGUCAGUUUGUGAUGGAGAACUCCCAGAAUGCCCCUUUAGUGCAUGCGACCCUGGAGACGUUGCUGCGGUUUCUGAACUGGAUUCCUUUAGGUUACAUCUUUGAAACAAAGCUCAUCUCUAGCUUGGUGUACAAGUUUCUGAAUGUGCCCAUGUUUCGAAAUGUGACAUUGAAAUGUUUGACAGAGAUUGCUGGCGUUGGUGUCAGUCAAUAUGAUGAACAGUUCAUCUCAUUGUUUACAUUAACACUUAUUCAGCUCAAACAGAUGCUACCUGUGAAUACUAACAUUCGCCUUGCAUAUGCAAAUGGGAAGGACGAUGAACAGAAUUUCAUCCAGAAUCUCAGUCUUUUCUUAUGUACUUUCUUGAAGGAGCAUGGCACCUUAGUAGAAAGGACAAUGGAGCUCAGAGAGGCACUCUUGGAUGGCCUACACUAUAUGAUUCUUGUAUCAGAAGUGGAAGAGAUAGAAAUUUUUAAGAUCUGUUUGGAAUACUGGAAUCAUCUGGCAGGAGAGCUUUACCGUGAAAAUCCCUUUUCUAUUAGUGCGUCUCCUGCUCUGGGUAAUCCUCACAGUGAUGUCCCACCUCGGAGACAGAUCUACCUACCAGUGCUGUCAAAGGUGAGGCUUAUCAUGAUCAGUCGAAUGGCAAAACCAGAAGAGGUGCUUGUUGUGGAGAAUGAGCAGGGAGAAGUUGUUCGGGAAUUCAUGAAGGACACUGACUCCAUCAAUCUAUACAAAACAAUGAGAGAGACACUUGUCUAUCUCACGCAUUUAGACUAUGCUGACACAGAAUGCAUUAUGACUGAGAAGCUGCAUAAUCAAGUGAAUGGGACAGAAUGGUCCUGGAAAAACCUGAAUACACUUUGUUGGGCUAUUGGUUCCAUCAGUGGUGCAAUGCAUGAAGAGGAUGAGAAACGAUUCCUUGUCACAGUCAUCAAGGAUUUGCUGGGCCUUUGUGAACAAAAACGUGGGAAGGAUAACAAGGCUAUUAUCGCCUCUAACAUUAUGUACGUGGUGGGACAGUAUCCCCGGUUCCUGCGAGCUCACUGGAAGUUCCUCAAGACAGUGGUGAACAAACUCUUUGAGUUUAUGCAUGAGACUCAUGAUGGUGUCCAGGACAUGGCUUGUGACACAUUUAUUAAGAUAGCCCAAAAGUGCAGGCGCCACUUUGUACAAGUGCAAGUAGGAGAGGUGAUGCCUUUCAUUGAUGAAAUCUUGACCAAUAUUAACACCAUCAUUUGUGAUCUGCAGCCUCAUCAGGUGCACACAUUCUAUGAAGCUGUUGGUUACAUGAUUGGAGCUCAAACUGAUCAAACUGUCCAGGAGCAUUUAAUUGAGAAAUACAUGCUGUUGCCUAACCAGGUGUGGGACAGCAUCAUUCAGCAAGCAACAAAGAACGUGGACAUUUUGAAGGAUGCAGAGACGGUGAAGCAGCUUGGCAGCAUCCUGAAGACCAACGUGAGAGCCUGCAAGGCAGUCGGACAUCCAUUUGUCAUUCAGCUAGGACGGAUAUAUCUGGACAUGCUCAACGUGUAUAAGUGUUUGAGUGAGAAUAUCUCUGCCGCAAUCCAGGCCAAUGGUGAAGUUGUUACCAAACAGCCUUUAAUCAAAAGCAUGAGGACAGUAAAGAGGGAGACUUUGAAGCUGAUAUCUGGGUGGGUGAGCCGGUCCUCCGAUCCACAGCUGGUUGCAGAAAACUUUGUCCCCCCACUGCUUGACGCAGUUCUGAUCGACUACCAGAGGAAUGUCCCUGCAGCCCGGGAGCCUGAGGUUUUGAGUACAAUGGCCACCAUAGUGAAUAAGUUGGAGAACCACAUUACUGCAGAAGUACCCCAGAUCUUCGAUGCCUUGUUUGAGUGUACUCUGGACAUGAUCAACAAGGAUUUUGAAGAGUAUCCAGAGCACAGGACUAACUUCUUUCUGCUUCUUCAAGCAGUCAAUAGUCAUUGUUUCCCUGCAUUCCUGAACAUACCUCCAGCCCAGUUCAAAUUGGUCCUUGACUCCAUUAUCUGGGCUUUCAAACACACCAUGAGGAACGUGGCUGAUACAGGGUUGUCUAUACUUUAUACUCUCCUGCAGAAUGUCGCCCAGGAAGAGACAGCUGCCCAGAGCUUUUAUCAAACCUAUUUCUGUGACAUUCUUCAGCACAUUUUCUCAGUGGUGACAGAUACUUCGCACACCGCUGGAUUAACUAUGCACGCCACCAUCUUGGCGUACAUGUUCAGCCUAGUGGAGGACGGCAAGAUCACGUUGUCUUUGAGCCCAGCGACCCCCAAUAUCAACAAUCAGAUCUUUGUGCAAGAGUUUGUGGCCAACUUGUUGAAAACUGCCUUUCCUCAUCUCCAAGAUGCACAGAUCAAAGUUUUUGUGACUGGUCUGUUCAGCCUCAACCAAGACAUUCCAUCCUUCAAAGAACAUCUGAGAGAUUUCCUUGUACAGAUAAAGGAAUUUGGUGGUGAAGACACGUCAGACCUGUUCCUGGAGGAGAGGGAAACAGCUCUGCGUCAGGCCCAGGAGGAGAAGAGAAAGCUUCAAAUGACCGUUCCAGGGAUCCUAAACCCACACGAAAUAGCAGAGGAAAUGUGUGAUUGAAUGAACCCAAAGUGUUACCAGAAAGAAUGGAUGGGGAA